AUGACUGAUCAAUCAUUCAAAUUACCCAAUAAUUGUUGUGAACACCGUCAUUGUGGACAAGAAGUAUUUGCUGCAUGUGUUUCCUGCUUGGCGCUCCUUUGUUGGAAUCAUUUUGAACUUAACGAUUCUUGUACUUUCCAUACAAGUAUGGAUACCAAUGAACAGUCUGUAUCUAAUAAGCGAAAAAUACCAGAAGAUUAUCAACUCGAUGGAGCCGAAAAAGAAGUGGUGAGAAAAAAGAAAGAAAGAACUAAUCAAAAGAACAUUAAGAAACAUCUCCAUUUAUCAGGUCAAGGCUAUGUUAAACUUAAUUCAAUGAAUCUUGUUCCUCCCAAACAUGUUAAACCUCCAUGCAAGGGAAAAUUUUGUGAUGCAAGACUUGGUGGUCGAAUGUGUAUGAAAUUUUCAGAGGAUCAGCGAAGGGAAAUAUUGCAAGAUUUUUAUAGUCUAGCUAAUCUUCAACAACAGCGAGAAUAUCUGGCGCGGCAUAUACAAGUUAAGCAAACUAAGCAGAAAACUACUCAAGAUGUAUCUCGUAGAAAUAAAAGUAAUUUAUACUAUUUACCUCUCUCAGGAGAAAAAGUUUGUGUAUGUAAAAUUUUUCUUUUGAACACACUAAAUAUAUCUGAGAAGACAAUGCGUACAUCUUUGGGGAAGAUAAAAGAAACAGGUAUUAUGGACAAAGAAAGGCGAGGUGGAAGAAGACCUACAUUACAAAAAAAUUAUCAAAGAAUUAGAGAAGCAAUGGAAAAGCACAUAAGAAGGUUUCCCAGAGUAGAGUCCCACUACUGCAGAGCAAAUACUACAAGAGAGUACUUACACUCCGAUUUGAGUAUCCCAAAAAUGUACGCAUUAUAUUUAGAAGACAGCGACUUGCAAACACCUGGAAGUAUAAUAACAUACAGAAGAGUUUUUAAAUCUCAAAACCUCUCUUUUCAUUCGCCCAAAAAAGAUCAGUGCAGUCUUUGUGCCACUUACAGAGAAUCGUCAGAAGAAGACAAGGGAAAAAUCCAGAGUGUUUUUAACAAGCAUACAGAAGAAAAGGAGAAAAUACGUGAACUAAAAAACUUAAGUAAAAUUCGAGCAAUGUCUGACUCAACCAAAUUAUGUGCUGUUUUCGAUCUCCAACAAGUGAUACAUUUACCAUUAUAA